UAUACAAGGUUUAAAUUUUGUAACGUAAUAAGCCUGAUUUAAACUGAUUUAAACGGUGUUUUAAAUAAACAUAAUAUCGGAAUGACCGUAUCUACUAUGGCGUGUAAUCUCUUUGGACGCGAGGGAGUAAAAUGCUGCAAUUUUACGGCCGAAAUUCGCUUGGGUCAGAAAUUAUGCCGUUGCCAGAUUUCGCGAUAGCAAAUUUACGGGUUUGCAAGCCAGGGGCUGCGAAUUCAAUUGCUUGAAUAUUUUCUAUGGCCUCGAGGAUUCCUUUGGCAAACGAGAACUCCCAUGGGGGAGCAAAAAAGGCCCAAAAUCAACAGGGCGGAGCGAGUAAUUUGUGGGGAAACCAGGAUGAAAUGAGGCGAUAUGUUUCCAAGCUCAAAUCUGAACUUGCUGAGCAAAAGAAUCGGGUAAAGAGGGUGCAUCGCGACAAAUCCGAAGAAAUCAAACGACUCCAAGAGAAUUUAGAUCACGAGAAGCAGAAAGCUAUCGAGAAUGUCUCCAAGAAACUAGAAAGCGAUAAAGUAUACGAGCUAAAGAAAAUGAAAGAGUCGGUUGCAAAACAAAAGGAGCACGAGCUUCGUCAAGUAUUGCGAGUCAAAGACGAAGAAAUGCGAACGUUGAAGCAGGAAUUGCAAGAAAGCAAGAACACUACAAGGAUUUUAGAAGUUGAAAAUAAACGAAUACUAAGUGAGCAAUCCCGUGGUGUUGACACAAAUGAUAACGAGAGACGUUGGAAGGGCGAAGUUAGUUCGCUACGAAACGAUAAGAAACGCUUGGAGGAGAGUUUGAGGAUUAAAUCCGAAGCUGAUUUCGAAAAGGCCGAGCUUAUACGAAAGCUUAAGCAAGAACACGACUUAGAAAUACGACGACUCACUAGGGAAUCAAAGCGAGAAUCCAUGAAAGAGUUUAGGCAAUUAAAAGCCGUUUCGAAAGAAGUCGAAUUAAAAAAUCAUCAACUCGCUGCGAAGGAGGCAGAGAUGAGACGUCUGGAAAGGGAGAGAAACAACUUGGGAAACGAGCUUAAUUUACAACGUAGAGACAGCCUGAAGAAAAGCAAUUCGUUCAAUUUACAGAAAGUGAAAGGAUUGUCAGCAUCCCAAAAUUCUGAGUCAGAUAUUGACAGUGUCGCCGAGGAAAGGAUAAAGAAAUUAAAAAUGAGGAAUUCUGAGCUCGUUGCUAUUGCGAGAAAGUUGGAAGAGAAAGCCAAACACCUGCAAGAAGAAAAGGAUUUAUUGGAGAAAUCAAGCGGAAUGAAUAACUCCGAUGUGGGCAAUCUCAAGAAGGCGUUUGCUCGACAGAGAGCCAAAGAUCUUGCUGAACGAGCCAAGCUUUUGAUGAAUAAGGAUAAUGAAAUAAACAAUUUGAAGAAAGAAGUCGAGGAAACACGUCACAAUGGCUUUAAUGAGAAUGGAAGUGCUGAUGAACUGGAAAAGAUUGUUGAACAAACGUCGAAAGAACGUCUUUUGCUUGAAAAACAAGUUUCUUCAAACGUCGAGAAUUUACGAGAAGAAAUAAAGGAUAUCACCGCUCAAAACACAAGACUAGCAAAUGAUAACGAUAUUUUAAAAGAGGAAGUGUGUAAACUGCAAGAUUUUAAAUCAAAACACGACACAAUUUCAACUCGACUGAAAGAAGUCCAGGCACGCAAUGAGAAGCUGGAAAAUGCGUGUUCGGAAAAGGACAAGCGGUUGUAUAAAUUGGAUUUAGAAAAGCAAGCGUUCACUGCGAAGAACAAUGCAUUACAGAAGAAAAACAACGAGUUGUUAUCUAAAGUUGACCAGCUUAAUCAGGUUGAAAGAGAAUGCUCUCGUUUAAAAGAGAGUAUCCAGACAUUGGAAAACGAGAAUCUUGCGAUGAAAGAGGAGAAUGUGAAAUUAAGAAACGAAAUCAAAGACUUAUCCGAAGUUAAAAAGGAGGCCGAACAGUUAAAGCUAGAUAAUAUGGAUUUAGAAAAGCAAAGGGAAAAUGUUUCGUUGAAGCUCGAGGAACGAGAUCAAGAAAUUUCAUCUCUUUAUGAGGCACAAGAAGUGGCUCAGAAAAAUCAUUCAGCAGAAGUGAGUGGUUUGGAAGACAUGGUGCGCCGAUUAAAGGAACAAAAAGCGAGGAGUAUUCGUGAAGAAAAGAUGGCCGAAUCUCGUAACACGGCAAGUUCAGUGCUAACGUCGACACCAAAAGACAGCAAAAGUACCCAGACCUCUCGUCCGUCAUCCCCGGUCAUGUCACCAAUAAUACACAACGGAAUACAUGAGUUGCAACGAGACUCCCAACAAGACGAAGACAUAAAGAGUAUCGAUGAUGAUUCGGGCCAGGAACUCCUAAAUGUCCCGUACAACGGAACGAGUUCUUCGACUAGUUUCGAUUUGGAAAAAGCGGGAACACGAAUUCAGCAAUUAGCUGCUUCAGAUUCUGACGAGAUUGAUUCUAAUUUUGUGAAAACCCAGAAACAAUCGCCCGUGUCUUCGGAGAUCAGCGAGUCUUCGGAGCCGAGUGUCGAAGAUCAGGCGAGCGAGGAAGAUAAAAGUUACAGCGCGGAUGUGAGCCAAGCCAGUGAUGUUGAAGAACUUCGUGUAAAUAAGACAUUGCAAGAUGACCAGCAAGAAUCAGACUUUUACGAUCCCAGAGACGAUCCUGAUAUUUACAUCGGAAGUCCGCUUCAAGACUCUCCCGACUUGGAAGAAAAACUCUCCAUAUUCAUCGCUAAGUACAAUUAUGAUCCAAUGCUAUAUUCUCCUAACGAGAACCCAGAAAUGGAGCUCGCUUUUCAAGCUGGAGAUUAUCUGUAUGUUUACGGAGAUGUCGAUGGGGAUGGUUUUUACGUGGGUGAGCUCAUGAACGGCGAACGCGGUCUUGUUCCUUCGAAUUUUGUUGAACAAAUCGCAGAGGAAGAGGCCAUUUUGAAAGAAAGCGACGACUUAGAUGCUGAUUUUGAUAGCGAAGAAGACAGUUCAGACGACGAAAUAACGUUAAAAGACGAGGAUGGCGAGAAGAGAGUAAUACGACCGAAAGCAUUUUCGGAACGUCGUCAUGAGAUGUUUCGAUCAUCUCUUGAUCACGUGCUAACUGAACAACUCGAUGACAUCCGGGAGUCUGAGGAAGACGACCUGGGAACGAGUUCCCUCUCCGAGGACGAGCUUGGAAACCGGAAAAACCAGAAAAACAAGAGCAAUAAACCGGAAGCGGAUCAGGUUUCUAGCGAUGGAUUGGAUUCGAUGGAUUCUGAUGUCCCAGAGCCACGCGUUCCAUCACCAACUAAACUCUCUCUGGAUCGUCAGUUUACGAACAGUGCAUUAAUAAGCUGGCGAGGAGCGCAGCUGCCCAAUGAUGAAAUCCAGGGAUACAAUAUUUAUGUCGAUGGGAAAUUCAAGACCCAGAUCAAAGGAAGCAAAAAGACGAACGUCGUUGUGGAAGAUAUCAAACCCACCGAGACAUAUCGAGUAUCGGUGCGAACAAAGUCGGUCAGCGGUGUUGAGUCACCUGAUACCGACGCUACAAUGGUUUUUGGUCCAGAUGCCACGUUGUCGCCUAGCAACGUCGAUGUAACCAAGAUCACAGCCACGUCAGGAGAGCUUCAAUGGUUGCCAUCUCACAGUAGCUACCAACACGAGAUUUUCUUGAACGAAACAUUACUGGAAAAUGUCAAAGCUGGUUGUUCAUCUUUUGCGUUUAACGAUCUUUCUCCUUCGACGCAAUAUCACAUACGAGUGCGGACAAUAAUCCCUGGCCAUCUUGAAAUGUCUGGGCGUAAGCUCACAGAGAAGGAUUUAAGUGCUGAAGUGGAGUUCACAACGGCUGAUGGAGGAUUACCAGAGCCUCCUGUUGAUCUUCGACUUUCCCAGCGGACGUCAGAGAACGUGGUUCUAACUUGGUUACCAGUCACUCUUUCUCUCGAUGGCUACUCUAAUGGUUAUAAAGUGAGCGGUUAUAAGAUUUACGUAAAUGAUAUUUAUUGCACGGAGAUUGUUUCUGCCUGUGUGGACAGCAUAGUAAUACCAGUGGAAAAACUGAGAAAUCUCGGAAAGCGACACGACUUUUCGCGCAUGCGCUUUGUUGUUAGAACGCUGUCCGUACUAGGCGAGUCUCUCGACUCGAAUGCUGUGGAAAUUUGCUCCGAAGAUCAUGAAAUAGAAUAG